CUUGUGUGCACAUUGAUCUUCACACGUCUUAAUUCUCAAAUACGUGCAAGCAAGCCGCUCUAUUGAGAGUUCGGAAACUCCGAGCCGAGUUGGUUAAAGAGCCGAGUUAUGGAUACCUUCCGUAUUCAUUUUAAUGUUAAGUCCUCCAAUUACUACUGUGCCUUGUUGAAACUCUGCAGCGAUUCCCGAAACCAAAUCCAAACGAAGAAGCUCCAUUGCCACAUAAUCAAAACGUUGACAGACAUAGAAACCUUCCUUUCAAACAAUCUCAUCAAUACCUACAGCAAACUAGGCAACAUAAAAUAUGCGCGCCGCAUGUUCGAUCAAAUUCCUCACCCCAACGAGUUCUCUUGGAAUACCAUCCUAUCUGCUUAUUCGAAACAAGGUCAUCUCUUGGAAAUGCAAUUGAUCUUUGAUCGAAUGCCAGCAAAAGAUGGGAUUUCGUGGAAUUCUCUUAUUUCGGGGUACGCGUCUCAUGGUUCUCUUGUUGAGUCGGUGAAGGUUUAUAAGCUGAUGUUUAAGGAAGGACCCACUAAUUUGAGUCGGAUUACAUUUUCGACAAUGCUCAUACUGUCCUCGAAUCAGGGAUGUGUUGAUUUGGGUUCGCAGGUUCACGGACAUAUAGUGAAAUUUGGUUUCCAGUCAUAUCAAUUUGUGGGUAGUCCUUUAGUGGACAUGUACUCGAAAAUGGGGCUUAUUUAUGAUGCAAAGCGGGUUUUUGAUGAGAUGCCUGAGAAGAACGUGGUUUUGCAUAAUACCAUGAUCACAGGGCUUUUGCGACAUGGGAUAGUUGAAGAUGCAAGGCGUUUGUUUCAGGGUAUGCAUGAAAGAGAUUCAGUUUCAUGGACAACAAUGAUAGGAGGACUAGCACAAAAUGGGUGGAGUAGAGAAGCAGUAGAGGUUUUAAGAGAAAUGAGGUCAGAAGGUUUGGAUAUGGAUCAAUUUACUUUUGGUAGUGUCUUAACGGCUUGUGGGGGUCUCCUGGCUCUGGAAGAAGGGAAGCAAAUUCAUGCUUAUAUAAUUAGGACUGAUCAUGAAAACAAUGUCUUUGUGGGUAGUGCUCUUGUCGACAUGUAUUGCAAGUGUAAAAGCAUAAAAUAUGCAGAAGCAGUUUUCAUGAGAAUGACCAGUAAGAAUGUUGUAUCAUGGACUGCAAUGCUAGUGGGUUAUGGUCAAAAUGGAUACAGUGAAGAAGCUGUUAGGAUUUUCUGUAAUAUGCAGAGAAAUGGGAUUGCACCGGAUGAUUUUACUCUGGGGAGUGUAAUUAGCUCUUGUGCAAACUUAGCAAGCUUAGAAGAGGGUGCCCAAUUUCAUGCUCACGCUGUUGUCUCUGGCUUGAUCUCUUUUAUUACUGUUUCGAAUGCCCUUGUUAGCCUUUAUAGUAAAUGCGGAAGCAUCAGAGAUUCCCAUCGAAUGUUCAAUGAUAUGAAAAUUAGGGAUGAAGUCUCUUGGACUGCAUUGGUUUCAGGGCUUGCCCAAUUUGGAGAAGCCAAAGAGACGAUUGAUCUGUUUGAAAGAAUGUUGGCCCAAGGUUUGGAACCUGAUGAAGUUACUUUCAUUGGGGUUCUUUCAGCUUGUAGUAGAGCAGGCUUAGUGGAGAAAGGACAUCGGUACUUUGAAUCAAUGAUAAACGAACAUGGAAUUACACCACUUCCUGAUCACUAUGCUUGCAUGAUUGACCUCCUUAGCCGAGCUGGAAGGUUAGAAGAAGCAAAAGAUUUUAUAAGUAAGAUGCCUUUCCAUCCUGAUGCAAUUGGUUGGGCCACAUUACUGAGUUCAUGUAGAUUCUAUGGUAACAUCGAAAUUGGGAAAUGGGCAGCUGAGACACUUAUGGAAUUAGAGCCCCAGAACCCAGCAAGCUACAUCUUGCUGGCAAACAUUUAUGCUGCACUGGGGAAAUGGAAGGAUGUGGCCCAAUUAAGAAGAGGAAUGAGAGAGAAGGGAGUGAGAAAGAAACCCGGAUGUAGUUGGAUCAAAUAUAAGAACAGAGUGCACAUUUUCUCGGCGGAUGACCAGUCAAGUCCAUUUUUGGAUCAGAUAUAUUCUGAGCUGGAGAAGUUAAAUUGCAAAAUGGUAGAAGAGGGAUAUGUUCCAGAUAUGAGUUAUGUUCUUCACGAUGUUGAGGAGUCAGAGAAGAUAAAGAUGCUUAACUACCAUAGUGAGAAGCUUGCGAUUGCCUUUGGGUUGAUUUUUAUUCCUGCUGGCCUUCCCAUUCGUGUAUUUAAAAACCUUAGGGUCUGUGGUGAUUGCCACAAUGUCACAAAGUACAUUUCUAAGAUUACCCAGAGAGAAAUACUUGUAAGGGAUUCUGCCCGAUUCCAUUUAUUUAAAGACGGAACAUGUUCUUGCGGUGAUUUUUGGUGACGGGGGAUUGAAAAUUUAGCAGGUGAGUGACAAAAUUCCAGAUUUGUUUGGUGGAAACUGAUAUAAGACUUCGUUCCACACAUAAUACUUGCAUUGAGAUUAAUCGGAGCUCAUAAGUCUGUUUUGCGAAAAUCAGCAAUUGUGGAAAGUGCUUCGUAAUGUAGAAAAAUUACAGGUUAUGCUCUUGCGGUUUGAACUCUCAAGAUUUUAAAUUAAUCAAGCCCCAAGAGAAUCAUGUGAACUGAAGAAGUGAGCUCAUUCUGAUUGGUGAAGACCAUUAUGGGCGAGCCAUUCAUUAUAUUCGAAGGCUAGGUAAAACCAGCUACUCAUUGCUAAACCUAGGCCAGGAGUGAUGCAUGAGCAAGUCUUCGUGAUUGAGCUAAACGCUUAUUGUUGGCAGUACUUGUUUAUCGUCGUCAUCACCAUCAUCAUGCCACUCAAUGUCUUCUUAGUUCUCUAUUGGGAAGAAACUCAGAGAUGACAAUCCUAUUUUGUCAGCAAUCAUGCCAUUGGAUACAUCUUCAUAAACUAAUGAGGAAUCUCUAAAUUUCUUAAAAGUAUUUUGGUUACAAUCAUAUGUAUCACUGGCAUAAUAUUCUGUGUAAUUCUACCGGAAAUUUAACAGUUCAUCAAAAUGAAUCUAAACACAAUAGGUCUCUCUUUGUCAGCUAGUUUUGUUUAUUGUUUGUAUUGUUUUAUACAUGAA